UUGGGCUCACAGGGCUGGGCAGGUUGCUUUAUGAGGGGCCUCCACCUGGGAUCCAGGCUCAUCCCUCUGUGUUUUGCUCAAAGACGUUGUCACAAGCUUUGGAUCUUGGCUCAGGUGGCACGAAGAACUUUUCUUCAGCAGUGAGAUGCUGCCCCACACGCUGCCUCUCACACUCCCAAUCAGGUUUUCCAUCUUUAUCAUGCACACGAGCACAGUGUCUUCUUUUGUUAAAAAUCAAUUGAUUCCCAUUGGUCCAGGCUUCAGAAUAUCUGGGUUUUUUUUAACCAAGUUUAUUGGUUGCUGCCUGACCUGAACUCUUAUAAAGUAACCCAAUACUCUGCCCCUCCAGAAACAACACAGUCGAUGCUCUCUGCUGUGAGGCAGCAAUGGCUGUUUAGCGAGUUGCCUCCUCUACACAAAUCAUUAUUGUGGUGACUCAGGAGCUGCUUCACAAAAUGCAGGACCUGCUUCCCAUUUUUGUCCUGAUUGCAUCGGAGCUGUUGGAUCUGUCUGGUGCCCCCAGAGCCGAGCACCAUCUUGGUGCAGCUGCAGACCUGAGCUUUCCUGGAGGAACCCAACCGGUAUCUGGGAUCAGUCCGCUGUCGGUCACAGAAGAUGACUUGGGUGAGGCAACCAAUUACGUUCAGACUCCAGCAGCCGAUCCUACAAAUGAAAUGACAGCAGACUUCAUUCCCAGCCACACAGAGGUGGCUGCAAGAGCAACAGCUACACCACCAUUGGAGCCAGUGAGGGGUGUGGAGGGGUCUGACCAAAGGCACAUGGCAGCAGCUGUGAAUCUCCAGGACAGACAGCCUUAUGAGCUCUUGAGCAGCCCCAUCUCCACACAGGGGUCACAGGCUGCCACCCACCCGCAUCCCUCAGGAAAGGCUGCCACCAUUACCAGCCCAGCCAGCUCUGGUGCUGGCACCCCUCAGCCCAUUCCCAGUGCAGGGAUGCAGCAAGGUGCUCCUGCCUUGUCCAGCCCAGGCAUCCAGCAGAGGGAGGCACCAAGUCUUGAAACGUCUCCUCUGACUUCAACAAUACAUUUCCAUCCUCUCAGAAAAGAAACAGCAUCUCCAUCUCCCGUCAGAAAGAAGAUGGUGACGCAUCCACCGUCAGCACCUCCCACCAGCAAAAGGCCGAGAGACACAAGCCCCCAUGCACAGCCCCACAGCAGAGCUGCACAGCCUCGGGGUGUGGGUGCCAAGGUCACCACUUCUGCAUUCCUACCAAGGCCAGCUUCAGGGGGCCCUACUGCAGCUCCUUCCAGAACAACACAGACAACUGCUGCUCAGUUCUCCCCUAUUUUACCUCUGAAGGGAGGGACAGCAAGCAGUGAAGGCAGGAACUCAACGGCUGCCAUAAGUGGGUCUGGACACACAGCCCGACUGCCUGCUCUGCAGGAUGUUCUGCAGGGCCAUGCACACUCCUCUCCCCCACUGAUGCCACUGGAAGCCCUGGAUCGUGGUGAUUUACCCCACUCUCCAUCUCAAGAGCCCACUAAUGCUGCUGACAGACCACAGCCUCUCCCUUUGCCCCGGACUCUCAGCUGCACCAAACACCACUCCUCCCAGGAAACCCACAGCUCUCAAGGAAGCACAGCCCUGGUUUUGCAAAGAGAUGUUGAUCACCAGGUGACAAGUAAACCUGAAAAAUCCAGAUUCCCUGAGAAGCCACAGGUUUCUACCAGUGCAUCCUCAGUAAGUCGGUCACAAAUGUCCACCUUAAACCCUUCCCAAACUACUACAGAGACAAAAGGAGCUACGUCUGCACUCUCCCCAGGCACAUCCACCCUGGAGCACGCAGCCCUUCAAGCCAUGAGCGCCCCUGAUGCUGUUCAUGCAGCACUUCAGCCACCAGCUGUAUCUCCUCCUUCUGCCGGAUCCCAGUUAGUGGCCAUCUCCAGUUCUGCUGGGCAAGGACUUCACACACCAACUUCACCCACUUUAGCUCAUUCCGGGUCUCCUCACCCACCUCUUGCUCAGGAAAACCAACCCAGCACAACUGCACAUCCCAAGGUGGUGGAGGCUGCUGUUUCUGAUGGGAUCCCAGCACACCUGGCACAGCACCUGGUGCAGCAGCUGGGAACAUCACAGCACACAAACCUCAGUGCUAUCAGAACCGACCACCUUAACGUAUUACCAUCACUCCCAUAUCUGUCCUUCCUGCUUAGAAAUACCGAUGGCAUGCUAUGCCUGCUUCCCACACAGGAUUCCCCUUUGCCUGUGCAAUUCCCAAAUAUCAGCACAGGGACUCUGGUUUCUGCUCAGCAAAUCCUCACAGUGUCAAAUUCUUCGUUAUUAGAUCCUGGGAACUUACCAAACCUGAGUCUUUCCAGCCUAAUCCUGGUUAAGCCCAUAUUUAUCCUCUUUCCCACCGACAGACCAGGCUUACAGGGUGGACCCUCUCCUGAGGGUGAAGGCAAACACAAAACCCUCUUGUUCACCAACCAGGAAGGUGUGAACGCAGUUACUGCUGAGCACGGCCGUGACAUCCCGGCGAUGUCUGCACGUGUCCCUCUCACAGCUGGGAAGUUGCUUCCUUCAUCGCUGCCAGCGGUGGGGCUGCCCGAUCCCCCACUCCCAGCCCAGCCUCCGUUUGCCAUCGCGGGGCCAGUGGAGGCUCAGCCCGGCAAGGAGGCAGCACUGCAAGGCACCAGCCAGGGCUCAGCCCCCACAGCGUCCUCUGCCCGUACACAGUGCGCUGAGUGUCUGCGCUCAGCCAGGACCACGAAUUACCCACUGAGGGUGCCCACGAGCCCUGUGCCUUCGCAGCUUACACCGCAAAGCUCCGAGCCGCUCCAAAGGCUGCCAUCACCGGCUGGGAUUGCGCCCAGCACCGUACCAGCAUCCCCAGCACCUCCCACUGGCAGCGAUGGGAGAGGUUCAGCUGCGGGCAGCACCGCCUGUCCGGGAGCGGCUCCUCAUCCCAGGGCAGCACCAACACCACCCUCUUCUAUGCGCCCCGACCUUGGCGAGCACCUGGAGCUCACACCCGCCGUGCCCAAACCCUCGGCCCUGAUGGAGACCCCAGCGCUAACACCGGUGCUGUCACCAUUUUCAGCAGAGGUUCACAUGAAAACAACAACGUCUGGGAAGCUGCUGGCUGCAGUUACCCACCCGAGAACGCACACCGGGUCCUCUGCAGGCCUGCCUUCCUCGGUGGCCGUGCACGUUCUCCUGCCAUCAGCCUUGAAACACGAUCGGAGCACCCGAGCACAGGGCAAUGUGGGGGAAGAUGCAAAGCCAACUGAAGUCAGCUCGAGUGCAAGGAAAACAGGACCCGCAGGAAGCAGCACUGCUCUGCCAGCUGUGUUUAACACGAGGCCGGAGCAGCACCCUGCAGCAGCACAGCGCAGCGAGGCUGCUUCAGCCCCAGCGCAGUCCGCGUCUGCAGAAACUGUGAUUGAGAGACACAGCUCCGCUGGGCAGCACCCAGGACCGUCUACAACAGGAUCGGCUGCGGGGCUGCCGCUGAGCACUGAGGAGGAGGAGGAGGUCGGACCCCGCGAGGUGACAGAAGAAGCAGCCGAAGGGUCCAUAACCGACCUCACACCGCUGCGGUCACAGCCGGCAGAGCCCCGCCGCCGCAGCGCCGUGCAGCCGGAGGGCGCCGUGCUCAGCGGCGUUGCGGUUGUCAGCGAUGAGCUCUGUGGCUCUGGGAACUACACGGUGCAGAUGACCCUGCGCCCCGUGGCAGACACCAGCCUGGAGCUGCAGGGCUCGCCCCCCACCCAGGACUCCUUCCUGGCUCUCGUGGCUGUGCAGAGCAGCCUCCAGCCUGUGCUGCAGCUCCGCUCCUGCUGUGUGACACCAUCCAGCAGCCUGCAGGGCCCCAGCGCUGUGUGCUGCCCACUGCCCAGGCUGCCAGCUGAGUGCAGACACAUCCAGCUACUGCCAAGCAGUGAGUUCGGAGCUGCCAGCUUCACCAUCCAGCUGUUCCAGAUGCUGAAUCACUCUGUGGCCUAUCUGCACUGUGAGCUCAAUGUCUGUCUGCAGGGCCACACAGACUGUGAGCAGGACUGUUUCGUCGGUGCGGAGCUGCUCCCCCCACCAGGGGACAGGAACAGGCACAGAAACCCACACAACCUGGUCUCAUUUGGCCCAGUUCUGAGAGCAGCAGACAGCUUAGAGUACAAACCUGAGGAAGGUCCUAAUUCUGCCAUGCUGGUGCCCAUUCUGCUGGGAUCCCUGACUGGCUUUGCUGUCUUGGGCAGUGUUUUCAUCUGCCUUUGGUUGCAUCACAGGCAGAAAACCAAAAACCUGAGUUAUCCACCAUUUGGAGAAAUCCAUGGUCUAUGAACUACUCACAACUGCCUGGUCCUGCCUAUCUCGCUCCACUGCUCCACUAAUCAGAAAAGCAAACACUUUUGAACUGCACACUGUAUUGCUUUUGUAGACCUGUUGGCCCAGGGAACAAGAUCUGUCUCCUUCCUUUCUUUCCUUCUGCACGCAUGAGCUCACAAACUACAGAGUAGAGGACUGUAGAAGCAGCCCAUCCAAAGGGGAGAGCAGAUCUGCCAGGGAGCUGAAACCUUUAGGUCAGAGUUCACUGUCUGUCUUGCAGAAGCACUCAUUAUUCCGUGCACUGAAGUAGUGCUGAGGAAAUUAGCACCACAUUCCAUUUGACAUUGCCUUACCCACAUAGAUAGUCCCUGUGCUAAGCUGUUAAUGCCAUUUAUGCCCCGGACAAGUGUCAUUAAAACCUGCUGGAGAGUUAAGACAUAGAGCAAGACCAAGUGUGUGUGCACUGAGGGUGACGUAGAAACAAGGGAGCAGCCCCAGCCCCAAAGGUUUGUCCUCUUCCCUGUGAUACAUCUGCAAUCACAGCAGGUUCUGUGCAAAGCUGCAGCUCGAGGGGUGCUCAGUGGUUGUUGGUAACACAUCCCAAACUUCCAGAGCUGCAGCAGGGCUUCCAGGAUGUGUCAGCAAUGCAGUUGUGCUUUGGGGAAGAAAUCACUGCGCAGCUGUGUGUGGCUCUGCAGUAGUGCUGUGUGGUGCCUGCACUCACUGCUGUCUGCAGAACUCGGUUGCAUCCGGCAGGGCCCAGCGCUGUGCAGUGUUGUGGUGCCUCUUGAAAAGGUGGGCUUCAGUACCUGCACGCAUCAUAAAGGUGAAAAGCUGUUAAUAAAGAGCAGGUGCCUCC